GGCCGGCCCGGGCGCGGCACCGUGGGCCAUGGCGCUGGCGGCGGCGCGGCGCUGGGCACUGGCGGCACUGGCGCUGCUGGCCCCGGGCCCGGCCGAGCGCAGCCGGCCCUACGCCGUGCUGCAGAAGCAGAACCUGGUGCUGCUGGGCAGCAUCCUCAGCGCCCUGCUGCUCACCAUCAUCCUCAUGGCCGUCUGCGUCUACAAGCCAGUCCGGCGGCGGUAGCGGAGCGGGAUGGCUCCAUCGAGGGAUCGGUCCCACCUGGUUCUCCCGCUUGACACCCAUCCAUCCCACCUGCCAGCCACGGGGGAUGCCCUGGCGAUGGGUGCGCAGCUCUUCGCCCGCUCAGCAUCGCCUGGCUCCAUCGCGACACUACUGGAAAGCCUGGCAGGCUGCCUCCCCGCAGCGAAGCCGCUGGGCAUCGAGUGGGGUCUGUAGCAUCGCGCCUUCUCCCCCAGCAAAACGGGAGCUGACACGACGCCCUGGGAGCAUCCCGGGUGCCUGGGUGCACCCAGAGCCUGGCAGGCUGCGGGGAGCACUGGGGACCCUGGGUCAGCACGAGGACGCGGCCAGGCUGCUGACACUGCUGUCUGACCCUAGGCCCGUGUGCUCCGUGCCACCACAUCUUGUUUUGCUUUCUGAUUAAUUCAGCUCCCUGCUUGAAUGCCGAGUCUGGAGGGUUUGUAGUGCAGCCUUUAAAAAUAGUCUGAAGGCAGAAGGCUCAGCGACUUGCUGCAGGGGUCUGGUACGGGCUUGCCUCUUGAGCAGAAAUGCUGGAGCUCGAGCAGGUGCUGGUGUAGCUGUUCAGGGACAGGCUCCUCAUUCCUGACAUUACAUGCUUUAACUCUUCGCUAAAUAGCCCCAGACAGCCGUGCUGAACUGUUACAAACCGGGGUGCGGGCAAGGGUUUCCAGCUUGUGCCAAAGGCUCCUCUCCUUGCCAGUGGAUUUGUGCUCCUGAGCAGGUCACUGUCCUGCUGGAGAUGGCAGCCUGCAAGCAGGGAGAUGCUCGAGACUGCAGGGCUCAGGCUCCCCAGUUGCAUUUAAGCUCCAGACAGACCCCAUUCUAUGCAUUUUCAGUAAUAAAUCCAAGUGUUUACACUGAAAUCACACUUGCAUACAAAUGCUGCUAUUUUGUUUUGCACUGCUAUUAGUAACUGGAUUUUUCUUACUAAGUAUUACUUUGGUAUUUAACAUAGGGGUGUUUUGGCUAGUAAUUUAUUCAGAGUUUUAAAACUUAACUUUUCCAGAACAAUUGUGUUGACCUGUUCUCUAAAACCUUGUGCUGCAUCUGGUGCGUUUUCUGUUCAGUUUGUUUUAAAGGACACUGACCACUGUCAUUGCAACGGGGUAUUUUCUUCACUGCUGGUCUGUUAGUGAAAGGACAGUAGGAGGCUGGCCUAGAACAGAUCUAGUUAUUAACCUAAGUGAAACAUGAGUGAGGAGGCAAGGUAACACUGCUCUGUUGCUUUCUGAUCCUUUGUUUUUUUGACUGGAGUCCUGUAUCGCUGAUUUUUCUUGGUCCUUUAUUGGAUGUAAAACUUGGCCUGUAGCUGUGUGCUGUUCAUGGGGUGGCUAGCGGAGCUCGCAGCUACGGCUCCCCAUUCCCCGGAGCAGCGUUCUUGUUUGCAUUCAUUUUUCACUCCCCGCUAUGUCUCUUUGUACAAAUAAAAAGCUAAGGAAACAA